AUGGAUCAAAAUUUGGAAUUACAAAAGAUUAAACCAUUUUUAAAUAAUCUACAAAAACAACUAAACCUUCUGAAUCCACUAUUGGCAAAAUUAACAUCCAAAUCAUUAGAUGAUCAUUUAAUAUUAAUCAACAAUGAACCUGAAAGAUUAGAACUAACAAAUAAAUUCGCCUACAUUUUAACCUCUCUUAUGUUCGCAUACAUUAAAAUUUUAAACUUUAAAGAUUUAUCAAAUAUUCAAUAUGAAUUGAAUAGAGUGAAAGAUUAUAUGCAACGGGCUAAUUCAUUAAAGAAUAAACUAAUGGAGAAAAAUAACUCUAAUGAGAGGGAAAAGUCAAACGCAAAAAAUUUAAUAAUAUCUUCAUUAAAUAGAAAUGAUUCUGCUAUAAGUAAUCAAAAUUUUCAAAAGGGAAAACAUACUAAAUUCAAUGAGCAACAAUCUGUGACUACUACCACUAAUAUGACCUCCGUUGAUAACAACAGUAUAGAUAGAGAAGCCAUAAUGAAUAACAUCGUUGAAAAUAAGAAGAAAAAUAAAAAUAAAAAUAAAAACAAGCCCUCUUCUAAAAAACAAGCAAGAACAGAAAAAAGGACGGCACAGAAGAUGAAAAAUAAAAUAUCAAAGGAUUAA